CCUGUAUAUUAUACUCAAUCAGUUAUCAGUUAUUUUAGGCACAUUUGAAAAUGGUAAUGAAGUAAUGAUAAACUAACUAUUCGACAAUUCAUAAAACAAUUAGGGUUGUAAAAACUGCAAUACAGAAAGUAGCAAACUGGGUUCUGUUUUCCACCAUAAGUUUUAAGUACAGUGUAAAUAACUGUUCUUUAAUUAACUUAUAUUUUAAGCCAUGUGUCAGUCCCAUUUGUUAUUCUUCAUGGCAAUACAUUUGUUUGUAAACCACUUUAAUUUAUAUAGGGUUUUUUCAUAAUUAUUUUCUUGAAAAACUGCCAUGUUAUUAAUCUCAGUUAUAUAUUGUCAUCUCCAGGUUAUACUGGACGACUGAUUGUUUUCACAAAUCAGUGUUGAUCUGUUUUCAGUGGCAGUUUAGCUGCAGUACUGUCAGAGGAGUGAGGACAGGACUCUCUCUCUAAGAUGAGUCUCUCAGAGAAACAGAGUAGUGUAAGAUCAGGCUCAGAUGUGUCCAGCUCUGUGUCUGUGAAGAGUGACCGUUCAAAAGAUGACGGACCAAACUUCAGUGAGAAAACACCACCAUCUGUCAAAAGUGUAAGAUCAGGCUCACAUGUGUCCAGCUCUGUGUCUGUGAAGAGUGACCGAUCAAAAGAUGAUGGACCAAACUUCAAUGAGAAAAUACCACCAUCUGCCAAUAGGCUUCAAUGGGAAACAUUAGAUUCAGACUUCCACCCUCGAAGAAACCGCAACAAUUUCAAGGACAAACUCCUAGAUGUCUUCCAGGAUCUUGAGAGCAAAAUAAUCAAAUUCCUUAAGGAUGAGCUGGAAAAGUUUAAGAAAAUAUUACAAAAAGAGAACACACAAAACUUUGUGAAGGACUUUAAUGAUAAUAGAUGCAGUAUCAAAGAAGCAGCUCUUGAUCUCACACUACACUACCUGAGAGAUAUGAAGCAAGAUGAAGCAGCUGAUACUCUAGAAGAUGAACUGGUCUUCAUUCAUCAUCUAAAAUAUGGCCUAAAGAAGAAGUAUCAAUGUGUGUUUGAAGGAAUUGCAAAGCAAGGUGACUCCACACUUCUGAAUAACAUCUACACAGAUCUCUAUAUCACACAGGGUGGCAGUGAACGGGUCAAUACGGAACAUGAGGUAAGACAGAUUGAAGUUGCUUCCAGACGUCAUCAAUCACAAGAGAUACCAAUUGAAUGCACCAAGAUGUUUGAAGCACCUGAACAAGACAAAGAGAUCAGAACUGUACUGACAAAAGGAGUUGCUGGCAUUGGAAAAACCAUCUCUGUGCAAAAAUUUGUUCUGGAUUGGGCAGAAGGAAAAGAAAAUCAAGAUAUCAGUUUCAUAUUUCCUCUUCCAUUCAGAGAGAUGAACUUAAAGGAGAUAGAAAAAUCAAGUUUGAUGGAUCUUAUAACUCAGUUUUUCCCAGAGACAAAAGGACUGAACCUUACAAGAAGGAAAAAUUUCAAAGUCCUGUUCAUCCUUGAUGGAUUGGAUGAAUGUCGUCUUCCUCUGAAGUUUGAUGGUAAUGAGACGUGGCGUGAUGUAUCGUCACCAGCGUCACUGGAUGUUAUCCUAACGAACCUCAUGAAGGGAAAUCUGCUUCCUUCUGCUCUCAUCUGGAUCACCACCAGACCAGCAGCUGCCAGUAAGAUUCCUCCUGACUGUAUCGACCGGGUGACCGAGAUACGAGGAUUCAAUGAUGCACAAAAGGAGGAAUACUUCAGAAAAAGAUUCACUGAUGAGAAAAUGACCAACGUAAUCUUUGAUCAUGUUAAAAAGUCCAAGAGCCUCUUUAUCAUGUGCCACAUCCCAGUCUUUUGCUGGAUUUCAGCCACUGUUCUCCAGAACAUUUUGGAGGAGAAAAUAAAUAAUGAUCUGAAAAAUAGUCAUGCUGAUGAAACCUCUAUAACACUGCAGGAAUCAAAUACUGAAGACACUCCCAAGACUCUGACACAAAUGUACGCACACUUUCUCCGCUUUCAGAUUCAGCAGAGCCGCCGAAAGUAUGAUGGAGAAUACAGACCAGAUGUUUCCUUGGAUAAAGACACCAUACUUUCACUGGGGAAACUGGCAUUUCAACAGCUUGAAAGAAGCAAUGUGAUCUUCUAUGAAUCAGACCUGGAAGCCUGUGGUAUUGACGUCUAUAAGGCAUCAGUGUGUUCAGGCAUGUGUACCCAGAUCUUUAAGGAGGAAACAGGGAUCACACUUGGUACCAUGUACUGCUUUGUUCACUUGAGCAUUCAAGAGUUUAUUGCAGCCCUUUAUGCACAUCUGUUUUUAGACAUCAACAAGAAAAGUGUGUUUGUUCAGGAGUCUACAGAACAGGAAUACAAAAAUGAAACCAUGAUUGAUGUGCUCAAGACUGCAGUGGACAAGGCUCUCAAAAGUGACAAUGGACAUCUAGAUCUUUUCCUUCGCUUCUUCCUCAGUCUUUCACUCCAGUCCAAUCGGCGACUCUUACAAGGUCUGUUGACACAGCAAGAUGGCUAUGACCAGAGCAAAAAGGAAAUAGUUCAGUACAUCAAACAGAAAUUAGAAGGUAAUCUGUCUCCAGAGAGAUCCAUCAAUCUGUUCUACUGUCUGAAUGAACUGAAUGAUCAAACUCUGGUGAAAGAGAUUCAGACUCAGCUUAGAGAAGGAAGUCUCUCAUUUGCUGACCUUUCACCAGCCCAGUGGUCUGCUUUGGUCUUUGUGUUGUUGACAUCAGAGAAAGAGCUAGAGGAGUUUGAGCUUCAGAAAUUCAAGAAAUCAGACGAGUGUCUCAUUAGAUUACUGGCAGUCAUCAAAACCUCCAAAAGAGCUCUGCUAAAUGAUUCUAACCUAACAGACAGAAGUUGUUCAGCUCUGGCUACAAUUCUUGGAUCAGAUACAGAGUUGAUAGAGCUGAACAUGAACAAUAAUAAUCUACAGGAUUCAGGACUGAAGCUGCUCUGCACUGGACUGAAGAAUAUAAAGUGUAAAUUGGAGAGACUGAAACUUUCAGACUGCAGUAUCACAGAAGAAGGAUACAAAGCUUUGGCUUCAGCUCUGAGAUCAAACCCUUCACACCUGAUAGAGCUGGAUCUCACAGGAAAUGAUCCUGGACAAUCAGGAGUGAAGGAGCUAACUGAUUUACUACAGGAUGGACGCUGUACUUACAUCAGGUUUUUGAAAAGUCCUGCUGCAGAGGAAGCGUGUGAGUAUCUCACUGAAGUUCUGGGUAAAAGUCCAUUUUUACUGACAGAACUGGAUCUGAGUGAAGAUAAAUUAGGAGAUCUGGAUGGAGAGAAGAAAAAAGAGCAUCUUGCUCUUUUGAUGGACUCUCAUAGCAAACUGGAGACAAUCAAGCUGAAUAAUUGUGUGCUGACAGAGAAAAGCUGUUCAGUUCUAGCUACUGUUCUCUCCUCCAAAACGAUACUGAAAGAGCUGAACCUGAACAACAGCCGUCUGCUCGAUUCAGGUGUCAAACAGAUCUCUGAGGGACUAAAGAAUCCUGUGUGUGAGCUGAAGAUACUCAAACUUUCAGACUGCAGUAUCACAGAAGAAGGAUAUAAAGCUCUGGCUUCAGCUCUGAGAUCAAACCCUUCACACCUGAUAGAGCUGGAUCUCACAGGAAAUGAUCCUGGACAAUCAGGAGUGAAGGAGCUCACUGAUUUACUACAAGAUCCAAACUGUCAACUGAAGACCAUCAGGUUUCUGAAAAGUCCUGCUGCAGAGGAAGUGUGUGAGUAUCUCACUGAAGUUCUGGGUAAAAGUCCAUUAUUACUGACAGAACUGGAUCUGAGUGAAGAUAAAUUAGGAGCUCUGGAUGGAGAGAAGCUCUCUGCUCUUUUGAUGGACUCUCAUUGCAAACUGGAGACAAUCAAGCUAAAUAAUUGUGAGCUGACAGAGAAAAGCUGUUCAGUUCUAGCUACUGUUCUCUCCUCCAAAACCAUUCUAAAAGAGCUGAACCUGAACAACAGCCGUCUGCUGAACUUAGGAGUCAAACAGAUCUGUGAGGGAUUGAAGAAUCCUGUGUGUGAGCUGAAGAUACUCAAACUUUCAGACUGCAGUAUCACAGAAGAAGGAUAUAAAGCUCUGGCUUCAGCUCUGAGAUCAAACCCUUCACACCUGAUAGAGCUGGAUCUCACAGGAAAUUAUCCUGGACAAUCAGGAGUGAAGGAGCUCAGUGAUUUACUACAGGAUCAGAACUGUCAACUAAAACUGAGGUUUUUGAGUCCUGCUGCAGAUGAAGCCUGUCAGUAUGUGAGAGGAAUUGUGGGUGAAAACCCAUUACUAGUCAAAAACCUGGAUCUGAGUAAACAUAAACUAGGGGAGACACGAGUGAAUCAGAUCGCUGCUCUACUGCAGGAUAAACACUGUCAACUCAACAAACUCCAGCUGCGUGAUUGUGGUCUAACAGAGGAAAGCUGUUCAGCUCUCGCUACAGUCCUGAGAUCAAACUCAAGACUAGAAGUGCUUGACAUCAGCAACAAUAAUCUGCAGGAUUCAGGAGUGAAGAAACUCCAGAAAGCAUUAGAAAAAACAAACUGCACACUGAAGAAACUUGGACUUUCAGACUGCAGUAUCACAGAAGAAGGAUAUAAAGCUCUGGCUUCAGCACUGAGAUCAAACCCUUCACACCUGAUAGAGCUGGAUCUCACAAGAAAAGAUCCUGGACAAUCAGGAGUGAAGGAGCUCACUGAUUUACUACAGGAUCCAAACUGUCAACUAAAACUGAGGUUUUUGAGUCCUGCUGCAGAUGAAGCCUGUGAGUAUGUGAGAGGAAUUGUGGGUAAAAACCCAUUACUCCUGAGAGAGCUGAAUCUGAGUGAACGUGAACUAGGAGACACAGGAGUGAAUCAGAUCGCUGCUCUACUGAAGGAUAAACACUGUAAACUCAACACACUGAUUCUGUGUAGAUGCAGUAUUAAAGAGAAACAGUGUUUCAUCCUGACUUCAUCUCUGAAAUCAAACCUAUCACACCUGAGAGAGCUGAACCUGAGUGGAAAUAAACUAGGAGACUCUGGAGGGAAGCACUUAUGUGACGUACUGAAGGAUUCACACAGUAAACUGGAGAGAUUGAGGUUAACAUGCUGUGAAAUGACAAAUGAAGGUUGUUCUGCUGUGACUUCUGCUCUGAAAUCAAACCCAUCACACCUGAGAGAGCUGGACCUCAGUGGAAAUAAACUAGGAGACUCUGGAGUCAAGCACUUAUCUGACGUAUUGAAGGAUUCACACUGUAAACUGGAGAGAUUGAGGUUAACAUGCUGUAAAAUGACAAAUGAAGGUUGUUCUGCUGUGACUUCAGCUCUGAAAUUAAACCCAUCACACCUGCGAGAGCUGGACCUGAGUGGAAAUAAACUAGGAGACUCUGAAGUCAAGCACUUACAUGACGUACUGAAGGAUUCACACAGUAAACUGGAGAGAUUGAGGUUAACAUGCUGUGAAAUGACAAAUGAAGGUUGUUCUGCUGUGACUUCAGCUCUAAAAUCACACCUGAGAGAGCUGGACCUGAGUGGAAAUAAACUAGGAGACUCUGGAGUGAACAACCUCAGUGUUCUACUGAUCAACACACAAUGCAAGCUGGAGAAACUACAUCUGUGUGAAUGCAGUAUUACAGAGAAACAGUGUCUCAUCCUGACUUCAGCUCUGAGUAUAAACCCAUCACACCUGAGAGAGCUGGACCUCAGUGGGAAUGAAAUAAAAAAUACAGUAUGUUACAUACUGAAGGAUUCACGCUGUAAACUGGAGAGACUGAGUCUAAAUAACUGUGGCAUCACAGAUGUGUCUUUAACUCAGUCUUUGACAAACACAAAAGUACUGCAGUUUUUAAAAGAGCUUGAUCUGAGAAACAAUAAUAUAGGAGACUCAAAGGAACAACUCAGGGAUGUGCUUCGAGACUCAAACUGUAAACUGAGACUAGACAGUGAAAUGACUGCCAUACCAGCAUUGUUGGGAGGUGUUGCUGCUGCUGCUUUAGCUGUUUUCCGCAUUUUCAGAUGAGGAUGCACAGAACAGCCUCACUAUGGUGGAGCAGUGAAGGGAUUGGAGUCAGUGGUCAGAGCAGAGAGGAUUCUGGGUCUUCAAUAUAAAGCCUACAAUCAUAAUGAUGUUGGGAUUAAACUCAUCCAUAACGAUAAUCAUGAUUCUUAUUGUCAAAUAGCACCAUCUUUUGAUAAUGCACCAAUAUGUUGUCUUAGUUCUGUAAAGAAACAUCAAAGUAAGAGUUUCUCUGGUACAUUAUACACUGAACACAAGACAAUUAUGCUUUGUCUGACAUAAGAGGUCUGGAUGGAGUCUCUUCUCUUUCAUCAGUCCAUACUAACUAAUCUUAGUCCUAUCAUUCGGCAGCAUUUGCAUAUUCAGCAAGAUUCUCCUGUAUAAAGCUGUGCUUGAAACUUAAAAAGUCAGAACCAUAAGAGCAUCUUGAUAUGAAUCAAGAAUCAUAAUGCUGACCUGACUAUAAAAAAGACCUGAAUAUAAAAAGACAUUGUAUAAUAUUCUAUAACCCAUUCCCAUCUCACUGUUAUGACAUAAUCAUUGACAUUUCACUGUUGUCAUCCAAAUAAAAGUCAGUGUUAAUAACA